UGUUCAGGCAUCUUCAGGACUUAGAAGGAGCCGCAGAAGCUUGGAGUCUCAGGCUUGCACAGCCCUGCGCACCUUCUCCCAGAUGUCUAGCAAGGUGGCCACUGGCAGUGACAUCGGACAGGCCCGCCGGGCAGUGGAACAACUGCGGAUGGAAGCAGGCAUCAACCGCAUAAAGGUAUCCAAGGCAGCCACAGAUCUGCUGCAGUUCUGCACGGAACAGGCCAAGAGCGACCCCUUCCUUGUGGGCAUCCCAGCUGCCACCAACCCUUUCAAGGAAAAGAAACCCUGUGCUAUCCUAUGAACCCACGAUAAUGCUACUGCC